CCUCCAGUUUAGUUUCCAUCACGACUCCCAGGAGAGCGGAGUGUCGGCUGCGUGCGCGCACUACACCGUCACGUGAACUACCCGCCCCCACAACUCAACACUUGCCUGUGUGUCCGCUACGGGAUACUGUUUAAAGAUUUUAUAGUGAAGAGAAAGUAGUUUGUGUGUGACGAGUGAAGGUGUUGUGUGGUGUGCCAAGACUCACCAGUAAGGAUCUUCUCCUGGGACAGUGACGAGGGAAAAAUCUUGCAAGACAGUGACGCGCGACGGGAGUGACCAGCCAGGUACACUCGUUAACACCACCUUGACUCGCACCUGCAGUCUGUCCUGGUGUUAUAAAUAUACCCUGUUGUCUCACGGUGGUGAACUAAGACGCUCGUCAUCAGCUGUGUACUGACACCAGGACACUGACACUCCACCCCAGAGGCUCUUGUGACCGCAUAACACUUCUCCUUAGAGGCUAUUAGCAAGAGCAUACCCCCCCCUCCCAGGAGAGGCCCUCCCUGUCACUGAACUUUUGUGAUACUACUGUAGGUUCUCUGGCCGCCGUAGCAGGAGCGGGCGGGUGUGUGUUAUGGUGUAGCCUAGGUGAGUGUAGGUGACCGUGGGGGCAGGAGCCGCCGCCCAACACCUGCUGGAUGCCCGUCAGAGACGCCACCACUUCCCUCCCUCCCAACAAGUCACGUUCCGGGAUGUUCAAGUGGAUGAUAUCAGGCCAUAAAGGUCACAAACACAAACAAGAAAAGCUCAACAACUCCUCCGUCACUAACAAGAACAGGAACAAUCUCAAGCAACAGGUCACGGAGGAACAGCUGACGCAACAGAACAACGCUGCCCUGCACAUCACAGAGGCCACGGACGGUACCUAUAACACAACUACUGUCAAUAACCACGUGAAUAACAACCAACAACAAGCAGAACAGCUCUCACAACAGCAACAGCAGAACGGAGAUAUCAACCAAAACUUAGAGAAAUGUGAUAAUAUCAUCCCCACAAACGGAUUAUCUGGCAGUGUGGAAAGUGAUGUGCCUCCUCCACCACCCGCUUCCCGCCCACCUCCACCGCCCUUACACCCACCACCACCCGUGCCGCCCCAUGGCCAGCCCCUGCCACAACCCCCUCAACAGCCUCUGCCGCCCGUGCCUGGUCACCGGCAGGAGGAACAUGUGUACCAUCAAGAGCUUCCCCCCCAGGCCCCGGGCACCUGCACCCUUCCAAGAAGAGGAAUCGUUAGAGAGGAACCCAACGGUCGCUACAGAUCUCCCUCCAACCCUCCACCAGCGUCCCGCCAGCCCCCGCCCUACUCCAGACAUCAGCCCCCAGACCCUCUCAGGAGGCCUCGUGGUCCAUACCAGCCCCCGCCUCCUCCCAAAAUUGAUAUCAGAGAACCCCGAGAACGGGACCUGCGAGGUCUCCACGGUGGCAGGGAGUCCCGCGACACAGAUCACAGAGACGUACGAAACUCGCGCAACUUGGAGGACACAGACCCCAGGGACCUAAGAGAUCCUAGGGAACGUGAUUCAAGAGAUCACUGGGACGGAAGAGACUUCCGAGGAUCUCACGACUCGAGAAGCCACCAGGAUCCCAAGGAUGUACGAGAUCCUCGCCACUUCCGAGAGAUAAGAGAGUGUUGGGAAAGACGGAACUCUGGAGUGCCCCGAGAAGACCACCUCACGAGUUCCGCUCUGCCUCGCCCACAGUAUGAGUCCUGGACGCCUCAAAAUAACAGAUGGUCGACUCGGGAUCCAGACUCAGGGUUCGACUCUCUCAACUCUCCGGCGAUGGACGCUGGUCCCCGCUCCUUAGAUUCUCCAAGUGGACGUAAUGGACGCCCAAUGACGGCUGCAGGGAUCGCCUCUGCUGACACUCCAUACUCACAGUCAACUGAGGACUUGCUCAAUGCCUCCAGAACCUCACCGGUGUCCAUGUCCUCAGUCACAGCGUCUACUUCCUCUGUGUCGUCCUCACCCGUUCAGUACCCAACAAUCCGUCCAGCAAAACAGCCUUGUGUAACCGGAGCCUCGCAUAGUUCACCACAUCCUCAUUGCUCACCACAUCCCCCCAGUGAGUCCCCACACGGACUGGGUCUCCCUCAUCACCAUUCAACGCCUGUAGGACCUCAGCGAUCUGCAUCACCUGAGGGAGCUCUCCUCUCCGACAGCGUGUACCCUCAACACGAGACUCAGCCCCGCUAUGCCGAGAUCCCAGACGUCAUUGAAUCCAGAAAUAAGGAGGACCGGCUGAACCAUCGGCUCUCUCGUGACUUACGAGACAUUAGAGAUGUGCGUGACUUAAGAGAUGGCAGAGAUCUAAGAGAAUCCAGAGAGAUAAAACGAGAUAUGAGAGACUUCAAAGACAACAGGGAACAGCGGGACAUGAGAAACAACAGUGAACCCAGAAGUAAUAAAGACACGAGAACGUCAAGGGAACUCAGAGACACGAGCUUACCGCGGGACUUAAGGGACAACCGUGACUCCAGAGUUUACAUGGAGGUGCGGGAGGAGAGACACGUUCGUGACGGAGAGACGAGGGGCUACCGAGAACUCUCAGUGGACGUCGAGGAUCAUGAUGUCCUGGAGUCUCGUCAGGAGAGAUUGAGAGGUCGUCGGGACUCUCGUCAAUACGCGGGAGAGCGUUCAGAAGGGGGCAAGGAGGUGAGGUUUAGUAGUGAUCCAAGUGAUGGACUCCGAGUGAGGGACGCCCCGUCCUUUGACCGUCGGGACAGGGACGCGGACGGCGCCGACGGACUUCAAGUAAUCGAGGAUCGACGAGGGUCUUCCCACACAAGGGAGGGAGGCCAGCAGGACUCCCGGCGUGGCGACGGUUGCACCUCCUCCUCCGUGUCCUGGAUGGAGUGGACUCAGCAGCUACAGGCGUACGUUGCGUGGGUCAACUCGCAGCUGAGGAAGCGAGGACGGCCACUCAUCUCUGACCUGAGGCGUGACCUCCAGAGCGGCGUCGUCUUUGCUGACCUCAUAGAAAUCAUUUCAGGGGAGCGAGUGGCAGGCAUCACCAAGGAGACAGAGAACAGCAGCAGCCCACAAAUGAUGCGAGAGAACCUGGAACGGAUUCUACAGUUCAUGGCAGCGAAGAGGAUCCGAAUGACGCACAUCACCAGUAAAGAGGUGACGGAGGGGAACCUGAAGAGCAUCAUGCGGAUCAUCUUGGCCUUGGCGGCGCACUAUAAGCCCCAGAGUGUCAAGUCCCCGCCUCACCACCAGGACCCCGCCUCCGUAGCCUCCACUACAAGGAGCUCCUCCCAACCCACCACACAUGCAGACGUUGGCGUGGGGCCGGACGCGCCCUCCUCCGCCCCGGAGAAGACGCCAAACCUGAGUGCCAACAGGCGGGCCAUCGUGACGAGCGGCGGGGGCGACGACCCUGGGGCUAUGAUGGGCUUACGUCGUCACCCCAGCAUGACAGGCGCCCCAGCCACGCCCCGGGACUCCUCCCCCGUCUACGAGAACCUCCCCAGGAGAGUCGCUCCCAAUCGGUGGGCGUAUGACUCCCUCAGAGCCUCUCACAAGUUCCAGUGGUCAGGGCCUCACGCGCACCGCUCUGGCCCUCCCUCCGUUCCGCCCAAAUCCAACCUUGAUGAAUCCUCAGACGACCCCCUUAACACAUCGUUUAACACAUCCCUUAAUACGUCUCUGGAGGGUGAGGUGGAGGUGUCGCCAGGUUCACGGAGCAACACGCGGCCGGCGGCCUUAAAUUUCUGGCAGGAUCUGACCAACCGACGCGACUCUGUCAACACUCCGCCAGACUCUCACCCUCCACCCCCGCCCUCACAGCCGCCUCCUGAUGACCCCGACAACCCCUUCAGGUACCACACCAUACACCGGAUGAGUGGCCGGCGAAAGUUGCCACAGAUCCCCGGGGCUGCGGGUCCGGGCAGCAGAGUCACCACCCCACAGGAGGGUAAGGAGAGUCCCAGAGGCCCCGAAGACUCUCCUCUGAAUCGCAGUGACGAGAGGCCAGGCGGGAGUGUGGGUGACGAAGGGUCACGGGAACCUGAGGGCCGCAGUCAAAAUUCUUCCCCAGCCACGAGCCUCGUCCGGGGGCCCACCCUGGACCAGUGGCCCAGAGAGAAGAACCCGCUGGACCCGUGGGAGCAGGAGGACCUGAAGGGCGUGUUGCGAGACCUGAACAAUACCAGGGACCAGCUGCUAGCCCUCCAGAACCUGGAGUUGGACCCUUCCUCACGGGGCAGUCAUGGACCCCGACCCUCAGACUUGGUUGAAGCCACGACGGCAUCAGUUAAGCAGGAGCUGCUCCACCUCUCCCUCGCCCGCCAGGCACUCGAGGCAGAGAAGAUGGAGCUGACGCGGCUGCUGGAGCAGCGGGAGAGCAUCAUCACGGAGCUGCGCAAACAGAUGCACCAACGGGACAAAACCAUCCAGGCACAGAGGACGCAGUUCGAGGAUGUCCUCAGGAAUGUCCAGAAUGGUAAGCGAGUGGUAGGUGUGGGAGAGAGCCCAACAGGGAGGGCUGGGGUGCCUGCCACUGCCAGGGAGGACCUCCAGCUGGUCAGGGAUGCCAUCGUCUCUCUCAGGAGUAACUUCAGGGAGACAGAUCCCAACCAGCAUACGCUCGACACCCUGGAACAAGCCAUUGCCAUCCUCAUAGAGCGAGGCAGUGUUGGUGUGGGUGGCAGCGGAGGCAGUGGUGGAGGUGGAGGGGGAGGUGUCAGUGUUAAUGGCAGCACAGAUAAGACUUCCCGCUCGGGCGAGAAGCGUCCAUCUGUCAACGAUUGUAAGCGAGGAUGACAUUCUUCCCGGGGUGGAUGGAAAGAUCAUCGCCUGGGUGGAAGAAGAUGCAGACUGAGAGAUGAAGAUGCUGAAAAAUGGAAAGGGGUGAUGACGACCAGAAGAAGGUGAUGAAGAUACUAAACAUUAUGCAGAAUGGUAAAGAGUGGAGGAUCAUACUGAGGAAUGGAUAAAAAUUUGGAGAAAUAGAGAAGGAUGGAAGAGUAAUUAUGAAGGGAGACACAAAGAUAUCAGACUUGAAGGUGAAUCCUGCUUGGACACUGAUAUAUAUUUUAUCCCAUCACAGUACAGUACUACAUAUUACAGGUGAACAUGUAUAUUUGUACCAAUUACUCCAAUGAAGUGAAAUUCAUUUGUAGGAUUCCUACUGGUAUCACUUAAAUACCGGUAGGUGUGGCUACUGGAUACUUUAACAAAAAAAUUUACUCUGCUUAUUGCCCUUGGGAUAAAAUGUUAGUACACUGUGCAAUAGUACAGGUAUCUCUCCUAAGAGUAACUCUCAGACGUGCAAUAUGAAUGAACACUGCAUAAAUUAUAGCUUCAGCAUUGUGUUCAUGAUCUUGUUUUAUCAUUUUCAAUAUAAGUCGGAUGAAUUUUGUUAAGAUACCCUGUACUGUAUUAGGACACAUUAUUCUAUGGUUGCUGUUGUAUCUCAUAUAUGUAAAUGUGAAUGGAUGAAAGAAUUUUAUAUAUACAGUAUUUCCUUGGUUCUGUGUGGUAUAUAAUUAAGGUUUUCUGUAUUUUAUCAGACAGUGUGUGACUUCAUUGUCAAAGCCAAAGAUAGUAAUGUAUUUACCAUUUGUUGAGCUCCAAAUACUUGUACAGUAGUUAGUACAGUACACUUUACAUUAACUACGGCUGCCUGUCCCAAAGACAAAAAAGUUAAUGGCAUUUACUUCUCAUUAAAUGCAUUGUAAGGUCAUAUUAUGUGAAUUACUAUAUUUGUUAUCAUUAAGAAUAGUUCCUGUUUUCUUCACAGCUUAUGUAUAUAAUGUUCUCAGGAACCAAGAACUAAUAUAAUAAGGUCUUCCUCUGACAAUUUCUUUUUCAUAAAAGAAAAUGCAUAAUUUCAUCCUUAAAGCAGAUUUAAUUUAAACAUUUUUUUCUAUAUCAUAUUGUAUAGAAAUUAAACGUAAAAAUUAUCUCUUCUUUGUGUUCUUGCAGUAUGGCAUGCAGUGUUAUAAUGAUGCAGCAUUAUUCUGAUUAGCGACAAUGUAAAUAUUUUUGUAUCAUUUAUUAUUAAUAAAAAAUGAAACUUAAAUUGCA